AAAACCCUUUCCCCACCACCCCACUUUCCUCUUUCUUCCUGCUGUUCUCUUUCUCUCUCUAUAUCCGUUUCUUACAAUUUCUCUACUUACUUCUCACAGUUUCUCAUAAAAAUUUGAGCUUUACUCUUUAUGAAUCUUCAUUUUCACAGUACAUAGCAAACUAAUUUUUAAGUUUGGGUAACAUGAAGAGGAAACCCUAGUUCUUGGGGGGGAAAACCCUAAUUUUCUUCAACCCACUUCUUGUUUUUUCUCAAAGACUCAAUUUUUUUCUUGUGGGGUUGUUAGAAAUAUGGAAAAUACGGUACCUAGGACUGUAGAAGAAGUAUUCAACGAUUUCAAAGGUCGUAGAGCUGGUUUAAUCAAAGCACUAACUACAGAUGUCGAGAAGUUUUAUCAAUCGUGUGAUCCUGAAAAGGAGAACUUGUGUCUCUAUGGGCUUCCUAAUGAAACAUGGGAAGUAAACCUCCCUGUAGAGGAGGUGCCUCCAGAACUUCCGGAGCCAGCAUUGGGCAUAAACUUCGCACGUGAUGGAAUGCAAGAGAAAGACUGGUUAUCACUUGUUGCUGUUCACAGUGAUUCAUGGCUGCUUUCUGUUGCAUUCUACUUUGGCGCACGGUUUGGGUUCGGCAAGAGUGAAAGGAAGAGGCUUUUCCAAAUGACAAAUGAUCUCCCAACAGUGUUUGAGGUUGUUACUGGAGCUGCUAAGCAGGCACGCGAUGCCGCUCACAACAAUAGCAGCAAAAGCAAAUCAAGUGGAAAGCCUCGACAGCCAGAGCCCCAGCCCAAGGAAGUAAAGGUGUCUCCACCUAAAAUGGAGGAUGAAAGUGGGGAGGAGGAGGAGGAAGAAGAAGAAGAAGAGCAGGGGGCAACUCUCUGUGGAGCUUGUGGUGAUAAUUAUGCCACGGAUGAAUUCUGGAUUUGCUGUGAUAUUUGUGAGAGAUGGUUCCAUGGCAAAUGUGUGAAGAUUACCCCAGCAAAAGCUGAGCAUAUCAAGCAGUACAAGUGUCCUAGUUGCAGUAGCAAGAGAGCUAGAGUUUAAAAUUUGUGGCAAUUUUAGAGCAACAUCAAUUAAGUGGAGGUGUUGGAAGGUCUAGGACUUAUAGCUCAGUUAUCAAAUGUAAUCUAUGUCAAAGUUAAAUGUUUGCUGAUGGAAUUGGGAUGUCCAUUUCAUGAACAUUUGCUUUCUGUUAUCUUACUUUCGGAUUGUGUUUUAGAUGAAAUUUGUGCCUGUUA